AUUAUUAAUUACUUUUUAUAUUGUGUUCUACGUCAUUCCACAUUCAAAUAUAAAAUCAACAAAUUUACUAUUCGAUAGAAACAUAACGUACAAGAAACAACAGAUGGAGAAUUUUAACGGUGUUUGGAAAACUGUGAAAGUUUGCGAUAAUUAUGAUAAUGUUCUUAGAGAAUCGGGCUUUACUGAUGAAUUCUUGGAUGGACUAAAAAAAAGAUUUGGCGAAUCAUUUCUAAUUGGUAGUUAUGAUGCCCAGACCCAAAAAGUUGACUUGAAAGUAGAUAGCAAUGGCGAGAUUAUUCAUCAGUUUUCUUGCGUUGUAGAUGGUGAGAUGUGUACUGGAAAACUCAUAAAUGAUUUACCAGUUAAGCGUUGUAUGAAAAAGCAAAACAAUUCAAUUCAUAUGGUGGAAAUCUUGGAUACCGGUGUGGAACUUCACACUGAUUUUAUGCCGAAUGGUGACGAUUUCAAUAUAAAAGUAGUCUGUAACGGCAAAGAAGGAUUCAGAGAAUUGAAGAAAAUGAAAUAA